AUGAAAAAAUCACCUCCUAUUGUGUUUAUUGCCAGACAUGGCGCCCGCCUCGAUGCUGCAGACAAAGAUUGGCACUUAACCUCUCCAAGCCCUUUCGAUCCGCCUCUCUCCUACGGCGGAUGGAUACAGGCCCGGGCACUUGGUGUACGUAUAAGAAGUCUACUAAGGGCCCGACAAUACACUGGGGAAGAUCCAGAGUCCCAGCGCAGCCAUCAUCCGACCUCGGAUAAACAGGCAAAACCCACCCCCGCAUCUUCGGACCUGUCCCACCGAUAUAACGUCAUUGUUCAUACCUCUCCUUACCUUCGAUGUCUGCAAACUGCGAUAGGGGUUAGUGCUGGUAUCCACCAAGCCUCGGGCGCAGAUGCAUCCGAAGAGACCAGUUCAGCUCCCACUAUCCCGCCCGUUUCACCGACCCCUAACCAGCGAUGUCUGCUUCGCGUCGACGCAUUUCUGGGCGAAUGGUUAUCACCCGACUACUAUGACCAGAUCACGCCCCCGCCGGGCUCGGACAGAAUGGUGGCGUCUGCCAAAGGGGAAUUACUCCGUCGUGCCGAGGUCAUCCCAGCCAGCGAUGGUUCAACAAGGGCGUUGUCAGGCCACUUUCCUGGCGGUUGGCGCAGCCAGUCACAUCCUACUUCGCCGGAUGGUGAGGACCGCUUGCAUUCCGCAACAUCCCAGCGCCAGCGUGCCAGCACCCAUGACACUCUCCAGGACCCUACCCAUCUCAAACAUGCAAAGAAGUCUCUCGGUCGCCUAGAAACGAACCUGCCUCCUACUCUUGACGCAUAUUACGUACCACCAACUCCCAGUUACGCCGUUUCCACAUCGGACCCCAUUCCUACAGGCUAUGUUGCUCAUGCACGGAACGCAUGUACCAGGAUCGACUACCAGUGGGACAGUAUGCGCACACCUUAUUGGGGCACAGGGGGCGAGUUCGGCGAGGAAUGGAGUACCAUGCACGAACGAGUGCACGAUGGAUUUCAGCACAUGAUUAACUGGUAUCGGGAACAGGAUCGAUCUGAACACGGCUCUACAGCGGAGUCGAACGGCGAGGAAAAUGACUGUAAUACACAAACGGUCCUCGUUAUUAUUACACAUGGCGCGGAUUGCAAUGCUUUGAUCAGUUCGUUGAACGGGCACUCGGUCUUAGUUGAUAUUAACACAGCUUCACUCACUAUGGCUGUGCGACGCAACCGUGUCAAUAAACCCGCGCAUGACAUGGAUCACACGCCUAAAUCUCCGGGCCCUGACAACCAAUCUGUGUCACGGGAAUACUCCUUGCAGCUUGUGGCGUCGAUAGAUCAUCUGCGCCCGGGAAUAAACCCCUCUCAGCUCACCUCGCUGUCAUCUCCCUCCGUCCCUGUACUUUCACCGCCUCCGGUCCCUUCCUAUCGGAAUCGUCUUGGCGCUCGCCCAUCGCUCCUGCAAGAAACAUCAACAAACGGGCCACCUAGUACUAGCGCUGGGCCAUGGACGCUGGCGAUGCGUCCGUCAACUGGCUCCACUACUUCUGAAGGUCCCUCUGGGCUUUGGAACUCGAUCUCAUCGCCCACUGAUAAAGCGGAUGCAGACAACCUUGUACCCAACUUUGGUGAUCGGCCAGUCAGUCAAGAUUCGGAACUCUCCGAUAGGUCUGAUAAGUCUGCAGAUCUUGGCUGGACGAAGCAAUUACCUCACCGGACAAUGUCGCAGCGUGGUUUAUGGGGGAGUGCUCAGCCGCUGGGGGGUCGUGAAGCUGGAACGAAGCGGCGAUGGACGGUGACGGAACAGAAGCUGCAUCAACCAGGGAUCCACCAGGCACCAAUGCCGCGGCUUCCCCUCAUGUUUGUCUCUGCGCCUCUUUACUCUUCUCCUCUCACUCUCUCUCCCCCACCUCUAUUCCUUUCAAGUAUCUCUUCAUACCUUUUCCAUAACACCGCAAGUUCCAUGUCAAACAUCGAAACAGACGGUCUCUCCGUCACUUAUUCCUCUGACCGAACUGGGUCUCCGGAUCUGCGGCUGAUCCACUAUAAUGAUGUCUACCACGUCGAAUCUGGCUCUGCAGAACCUGUCGGCGGGGUGUCUCGGUUCCAAUCCCUUGUAAAUCACUACCGUUAUCACCCCCGGUUCACCGGCCAACCCGAUAUCCUGACCUUCUUCUCCGGCGAUGCUUUUAACCCCAGCAUCGAAAGUACAAUAACAAAGGGCAGGCAUAUGGUACCAUUCCUCAACACAGUGGGCACCGAUGUAGCGUGUGUGGGUAAUCAUGAUCUCGAUUUUGGAGUCGUCCAAUUCCGCCAUUUGGCCAGCCAAUGUCGUUUUCCUUGGCUUUUAGCAAACGUUCUUGACCCGGCACUAGGGGAGGAUACCCCAAUAGCUGACAGCGGAAAGUCUCGCAUGUUGAUCUCAUCCAAUGGGCUCAAGAUUGGCGUAUUGGGUCUUGGAGAAAGAGAAUGGUAUGCGCUCCUAGAACGCAUAUACCGAUGCUUCCAUGCUUUUAUUUCUUUGCUUACUCUGCUCUAUCUUAGGCUCGGCACAAUAAACUCUCUUCCGCCUGAUCUGAUCUACAAAUCCGCAUCUCAAACAGCUCGGCUGCUCGCGAAGCAGCUCCGAGAUGACGGAGCAGACCUCGUGGUCGCUGUCACGCACCAACGUGAACCGAAUGACUAUAAACUGGCUAACAACUUGUCCCCGGAUCUUGUGGACAUUAUCCUUGGGGGCCAUGACCACUUUUACGGCCAUGCCGUUGUCAAUGGAAUUCAUGUAAUGCGGUCAGGGACUGACUUCAAACAAUUGAGUUACAUCGAAGCUUUCCGCAAGCGCGAUGGUUUGCCUGGUUGGGACUUCAACAUUAUGCGACGGGAUGUUGUUCGCUCAAUUCCCGAAGACCCUGAUACAGUGGCUAUGGUGGCCCGGCUUACUUCCAGCCUCAAGGCCAAACUAGACAAGCCAGUCGGGUUCACAGUCGCCCCACUCGAUGGCCGGUUUUCUACUGUGCGACAGCGUGAAUCUAAUUUGGGUAACUUUGUCUGCGAUCUGAUGCGGUUCUACUAUGCGGCCGAUUGUGCCAUGAUGGCGGGCGGCACAAUUCGCGGCGAUCAAAUCUACCCGCCAGGGAUACUGAAACUGAAGGAUCUGCUGAAUUGCUUCCCUUUCGAAGACCCUGUGGUAUUGCUGCGCGUUCGUGGCCAUGCAUUGCUGGCUGCACUCGAGAAUGGGGUUAGCCAACUCCCCGCACUCGAGGGCCGAUUCUUGCAAGUAUCUAACAUUAAGUACGGGUUUAAACCGGACGCACCGUCGGGGUCGCGCAUUACAUUCGCUCGUAUCGGCGGCGAGCCCGUUGACUUAGAGCGUGACUAUAUUGUCGCCACACGCGGCUAUAUGGCCCGAGGAAAAGACGGGUUCACCUCAUUGCUUAUCCAGGCCGAAGGAGGUGAUGUUGAGGAGCUUGUGUCUGAGGAAAACGGUGUGCUCAUCAGUACAAUCCUACGGCAAUAUUUUCUAAGUCUCAAAGUACUCGGAAAAUGGAACCGUUGGAGUGCCAGCUUAGGCCGCCACUGGGGUAUUGUACAUCGCAAUCUGCACGGCGAAGGCUGGCUGAAGCCAGCCUCUCCCACAAACGAGAAAAAAGUAGGCAAAAGGCUGAGCCCGCAGCCUAAUCCCCGACGGACAGCCCGGUCAGCAUACUACUAUGGUCGAUUUCCCGAAGAAGUCGAACAGGGCACCGACGUGGUCACUGGGGACGAGACGAAUGGCAAUGCCAUGGACUCCGACUCAGAUGAGGAUCCAGACAUCCUCACAUCCUCGGCGCCAAUCACAAAUUACGUCACUCAGCCAGCGAAAUCAUCCGCUGAAGAGGAGCAUCGUCUACAAAUUGCGCGGCGAGUUGUCCGGAAGUGGAUGCGGCACGCAGGUCUGCAGUGCAGAACAUUGAAUACUAUGGACGGAGAAGGAGAGUUCACUCCGGCCUGGACAUCGGGAAUCUCUCCUCGGCUGGAAGGACGCAUUGUUGUAGAGUAG